UUUAGUUUUUGUUGUCCACCCGAGGAACACCCAACAGAUCUUUGUCUUCGAGGCUGGAAGAUCUUCGACAUUGUGCAGUGAUAUAUGCUACGUCCCGCUCGCUUCUUGGGUCAUUUCAGUCCACUGUCAGUCUGUCACUGUGAAUACCUGGGUUUCCCGACUUCAGCAAGCAUCAAUGGCGUCCUCAACGACUCGUCUCUCUGCGCCCCUUGCCAGAGGAGUAUACGCCCGGUCCGGCCCAAACGACCUGAGGAGUCCCUGCCCGAUGAUAAAUUCUCUCGCAAACCAUGGCUAUCUUCCUCGCGAUGGCCGCAACGCUCGUCUCGGCGAUUUCACUUCGGCAAUGAACGAGGUUGGCCUGUCAUCCGUGCUCGGCGCCAUGUUCAGCAAUCCGAUCUUCCUCGAGCACAAGAAGUCUGCGUUGGCCAACGCCGCUGCCACAAAGCCACGUUCUUUCUUGGGGAGUGUGUGGUACUUCGUUUGCAAUCCUUGGGCUAUUGCGUUCUCGGCAUUUGGGAUGCGGAUGCCGGGACAAGUGGAUUCAACAGGCGAAAGAGUUCUGAACCUUGACCAACUUGGUCUGCCCAACGUCGUUGAGCAUGACGUUUCUCUGAGUCGUCGCGACUACAACCAAGGCGAUAAUUCCUCGGCGCAGCAAGACCUUGUCAGUGAUAUACUAGCCUCAUCAUCGAAUGGCAAGACGCUCACUGCCGAGGAUCUUGCGGCUCUAAGAAGACGAAGAAUCGAAAGGCAGAAGGAGGACAAUCCCGAACUCCUCUAUGGCCCGCUACAACACGAGCUCUCCUGCGGCGAGAUCGCGCUUCUGCUCAAGGUCCUUGGUGACGGCGACAAGGUCCCAUGCGACUAUAUUCGCGCCGUUUUCCAGGAGGAGAGACUGCCCAUCCAGGAAGGCUGGGAGAAGAGGCGUUGGUGGACACUUGGCAUUGUUGAGUUGAAAGCCACCGGAAACAAGGUCAAGAAGCUCAUAGGACUGGAGUUUUGAACAUGAGUUUCGGAUCUGCGACUGUGGCUUGCUGUGCACACGUGGUUGGGGUGACGACGUUUAGUUCCGGCUUGGUUCUCGGAAAUAUGAUCACCACCGGAAAGAAGAUCGAAUUUGGCUUGUCAACGUCCGCCAAAGGUUAUUUUAUGGAUAUAAGUAUGCUAAAGCGGAAGACAAGGGUCCUGAUUAGCAGAUCUGAGGGAAAUCAUGUCGACUAACCCCCGAAGAACGAGCGGGUUUCACCGUCAAGUUACACUUGGCGCCUACGCCGCCUUGUGAUUUGUCCCACUGUAUUUCAUUUCUUGUUUGAGAAUUGGUUGUUGGAGGAGCUGUCACUCACAAGUGGAGUCGAUCUGAAGCCGUGACAGGGGCAAACGGCCAUAUGUCACAAGUUGGAAACAUGAAAUGUUGCUAGGCUAGGUGGACACUAGUGCAAUGAACAUCCAAUGGAAC